AUCCAGAUCAUCAUCAUAAAACGUAUUUAUUUCCAAAUAACUCAAAGACCUCGCGGCACAUACAAGUACUGAACAUAUUCUCUUCUUGAAUACAUACCCUUGCUCAACGGCUUCAAUCUCUUCGAUUGAUCUCAGUGCAUAUUUGCCUUAAUAGUUUCACGUUACUCUCCAGCCUUUGAAUCAACCAAGCAAAGAAUCAACUUCGGUUCCGUCUCUUCACUUUCAGCAACCCGAAAUUUUGCAGUACUCAAGACAAACCGGCAAAAUGGUAGCACAUACACCAGUCACUACCUGGCGCUGGAGUGAGGAUUCCCACAUUCCAUUUUGCUAUAUGGAUGCAUCCGGCAUGGUUCGAUCUCUUGACCCUCAGACAACCAGUUCGGCAGGUUUAGGAAGAACAAUCAUCGCUCCUCCUAUCAUGCCAAUAAACUCUUUCUCUGGUAGCUCUUUCAUCAUGAAUGGUCAUCAACAAGUUCCACAAAAUGCAUACGGUUUCACAUCUUAUACCAACGGAAGUUCAACCAAUCUCAUUCCAACUUACGGAGCCAAUUAUAUUCAGCCACGAUCUCUUCCUCCUAUGAUACAAUCCUUUUCUCAUUCACCAAAAGAGGUACUUUUUGACGGAAGCAACCGCCAAAGAUUCACUGAAAGCACAUCGCAAAGCCAAAGUCCUCAGAUUAAACCAGAACCUUCAUGGAAAACGACUACAAGGCGUCAGCCACAGAAAAAUCUGAAAACACCACCGGCCAACGAAACCAUAAAUCCUCUUCCAGUGACCGGCUCUGAUGAGGCACAUGUCGGAACCACAGCAGUAGACCGACUUAUGAAGAUCAUUCAAGACAAGACAGGAACAUUAAAAUUACAAUCACCCUCUAUCUCUCAAAGUACAUCUGUGGUAGGUGCACCCCACACACUCUCUCGUCACGAUUUCAUGCAUCGAAGAUGCUCUUCAUAUGAGGAAGAAAAGCAAAUGCUCACAUCUGAUAAGGUUCACGAUGAAUCGGGACGCUCUAAGGUACCAAAGAAAAAGUAUCGAUGCACCUUUGAAGGCUGUCUGUCGCGCUUUCCACAGAAAACACACUUGGAUAUUCAUCUCCGUAAACAUACCGGUGCGAAACCAUAUGUAAGUAAUCAAACUCCAUCACACUUCCAACGAAUUUUUUGGACUAACGGAGUGUAUCUAGGUAUGUGGAUAUGCAGAAUGUAAUCGAAGAUUCUCACAACAAGGUAACCUCAAGGUAAGAGCUCUUCAUCUUUCAUACUCUAUCAAAUUUUAUGCUAAUCAAAAAUCUUCUCAGACACACAUGGACCGUCACAGUGGUGAACGACGCUUCCCUUGUGAGAUAUGCGGAAAACGUUUCGGACAACGAAGCAAUUUAAGUGCGCAUAGAAUCGUUCAUACGGGCAUCAAACCCUUUUCAUGCAGACUCGAUGGAUGUGGGAAAAAAUUCACACAAAGGGGUAACCUCAAGGUACGUUACCACUUUAACUUUCUUUUUACUUUUCUAUCAAUUAUCCCAUUCACAUAGAGUAAGAACUAACAUUUCCUUUUCAGAAUCACCACAACAAAUUUCAUCACCAAACCCUCGAAACCCUUGAAUCCCAACUCAUAAACGGUGAAAUCGACAUCGAAGCCGACAAAGACUAUUGGGCAUACUUCUUCAACCUCUACAAGAAUAGCAAUAAGGGAAUCAAAGGACGAGGCAAAGAUCGAAACAUCAGUCCUCGAAGUCGUUCUUCCAGGAAUAGUCAUGCUAGUACUGGUUCCAAUGCCAGUCGUUACGUCUCAUCAAAUAUGCGAAGCUGCCAUGGCUUUAUGGAUGUUGAUGGCGCAUCAUACAAUGAUGUAACGAUGUAUGAUUCUGAUGCCAGUAUGAGAAGUCAUACGAGUGGAAGCAUGAGUGUGAAUAGUAGUUUUAGUUCUGUGACUACUGCUUCGACGGCUUCUACUUGUUCGAAUUUUUCGGAUGAUGUUACGGCUGAUUAUAAGGAUCAUCAUGGUGGGAAUGUAAGAGGUGGUUUGGUUUUUGGUGAUAGGUUGUAUUGACUCAUCAUCUUGAAGUCGAAAAGAAAGGGGUAAAGGGAAGGAAGGAAAACAUACAUAUAACCUACGUACACAGUCACGAGAGAUGUCGAGAUGAAAACGAGUACACAAAACGAAAAUGCGGAAAUGAAAGGACGAACGGCGGUAUUACAUUCUUUUAUUAUCACUAUCAUCACCAUCACCAUCAUUAUCACACGACACCGGACACGAAUAUCCAACUCAGAAAAGCGAGAUGUAUUUUUAUUGGACGCAUCGAUCUAUUCGUCAGUCAGUCAUUAUCAUAAGGCUGAUGGAUGAUCGAUGGAUUUCUUUUCUCUUGUUUCUCAUAUUUCUACCCGCACACUCAUUCUUUUUUUUUUUGUUUUUGUUUUUCGAAUUCGAAUUUCUUUUUAUAUUUAUAUUUGCCUUUCUUUUUCUUUCCAUUUCCAUUCAUUAUCAUCAACGGAGGAUCCAGUCAACCAAAAAUCAUUUAUCACAUCACAUCAUGUAUUUCAUAAUAACGGCCAUGAACCUUGUUCAAUCUUUUUUUUUCUUUUUUUGGGAGGAAGCAAUAUCGAUGGUGAAGCGGGAAGGAAGGAAGGAAGAAGGGAGGCAGGUAGUUUUGUUUUUGUUUUUGUUUUUGUGUUUGUUUUUUAAGGGUGUU